CUUGGUCAGAAAAGCCCCGUUUGUCCCUAAUUGGUAGUCGUGUUAUCGUAGGCGUGUCUGGCUAGACUCAUCCAUUAUAUGCCAUUCCCAGUACAUAAUUGAAAUUUUACUCAUCUUCCCAUUACUUCUCCUAGACGAUAUAAAGCUAAAUCUUAUAGAGCAUGUCAACUAACCAUCUCCAUAGAAUUAUCAUAAUGUCUUUCUUCAGGUGAUAGGGCCGAGUCAUUCAUUUUCUUACGUUGUUGCUUUACCUAGUUCGUUUUCUCUUUGUGGUUUUUUUCUUUCCCCUUUAGAAUCCUAUAGACGGUAUUAUCCGCGAUCAAUAGAAUAGAAUGUCGAUCUGCGUAGCAGACCUUCCCCAGCCCUGGCAGAAGCCCUCGUCCGAGGAACUACUGGCAGCUCUCAAACAGCUUCAGGUUGAACCUCCGAUCUGGAAUCCUGGUACUUCUAGAAAAGUUAUACUAGAGAGCUACCAAAAUACUGCCCAGCUUCGUCGUGAGGCUGCUGCGUACCUGUCUAGCAUAAUCAAGAGCAGUCUCUCGUGGAUCCAGGAUGAAGACGAGAAGGAAGCGAUAUGGGAUGAGGCAAGCCGGCGUCUUGCAGAACGCUGUGGUAGAGCGGGAAUGGGAGAGAUCACGCGAAGAUGGCCUCUUGAAGACCAAGUAUCAUCUCCUUUCGAGCUAGUCAUUAGGGAGCCUCCUAUCACCGGCGAUUCUCUCGGCUUGAAAACUUGGGGGUCCUCAUAUCUGCUUGCACGGUCACUAGGCGACAUUGCGAAAGAAUCCCUCCCCCAUAUAUUCACAUUGAGAACUUCGAAUCAAUCUCUAGAUGUUCUUGAAUUAGGUUCGGGUACCGGGCUCUUGGGGAUGGCUGCUGCUGCUAUCUGGAAAACUAACGUGGUUUUGACUGACCUCCCAACCAUCGUACCGAACUUAGCCUACAAUAUCGAGAGAAAUCGGUCCACUAUCGAAGCUCUAGGAGGGAAAGUUGACUCGGGUGUUUUAACUUGGGGCUCCGAGGACGGCAACGCCGAGCAAUUUGCUUCCAAGAACCAGUUCAAAAUUGUUCUUGCUGCAGAUCCUCUGUACGAUGAUGACCACCCAGAGCUCUUAUCAUCUGCGAUAGUUGCGCACCUAGCCCAAGACAAAGACGCCAGGGCUAUCGUAAUGGUACCUCAGCGAGACUUGACCACCAAGAAACUAGCUGCAAAAUUCCUAUCCAUUAUGAUUGUCUCCGGACUAAGCGUGCUGGAGCAGCGCACCUUAGUUGGCCAAGAUGACUGGGACGAGGACGGUGAGGAUUCGGGGAUAGAAUGCUGGUGGGCUGUUUUUGGGAGACAGUAACAGCAACUAGCGGCAAGCGUACUGCCCUAAGGUUGAACCUAUAUGCAUAGAAUUAUAGAGAUUUGACAGAGACUCGAUAGAUCGAUAGAAAGGGAUAAUAGACGGCGGAUUAGGGAAUGUCGCUCCCUAGCCUUCUUAGAACGUCAAUACAAGGGAUCAAGAUACCAUGAUAGAGAGCAAUCUUUCCUAUUCAACC